AUGUCUCCAACUUUUUGUGCCUCUCUGCUCAGACCCCUGCUCCUCGUGCUGCUGGCCGUGCUGUCAGCCAGCAGUCCUGCCCAGGGGAAGGUGAUCAAGCCUGGGCUCAAGCCAGAGAAUCUCUUCAAGCAAGGAUCUGCUGGAUGCCUGACGCAAAAAGACUCAAAAUUCCCCCAAACUGUGAGAGUCAACCUCAGCAUCAGCAGCACGAACCAGGACACCAGAACCAGUCCAGAUGUCAGCAACCGCUCUCUGGCUCCGUGGGAUUACAGGAUCGACGAGGACCACGACCGCUUCCCGCGGCUGAUCGCGGACGCCGAGUGCCGCCACAGCCGCUGCGUGACCCCCGAGGGGCAGCUGGACCACGGCCUCAACUCCGUGCCCAUCACGCAGGAGAUCCUGGUCCUGCGCAGGGAGCAGAGGGGCUGCCAGCACUCCUACAGGCUGGAGAAGAAAAAAAUCACCGUGGGCUGCACCUGUGUCACCCCCUUGGUCCAGCACCAGGCCUGAAGGGAGCUGGAGGUGCAAGAGCGAGGAGCCACGGGUAGCUUCCUUGCAUGGAAGGGGCCUCCAAAAAGCUGAAUCAAGCCAUAAAAUUUGCCAAGAAUACAUCAGAAUAUAUUGAAAAUUAGGUGUCUUUGGUAAAAAAAUAAUGUUUUCCCCCAAAAUCUUGAA